AUGCCACCAUCGCGCACACCACCAUUACUCCAGCCCUACACUAGUCUCCCUGCGGAAAGCUCGUUGCACCUGCUUACGAGCGUGCUGGGAGCGAGUACCAAUUGGCUUGUCGUCAGAUUCCUGUGCGGAGCGCUCGCGGAAAACAAUGCGGGCAGCAGCUGGAGAAGCGCUGGAGGAGCUGAAGACGGUGGCACCGGCGGGCUGAGCAAUCAUGGCAGCGGAACGACAGGGCAAGAUGAGGAGGGUGAGGUAGCAGUGGUGCUCGUGAGCUGGAUGCGGGACUGGGAGUUCUGGAAGUCGGAAAGCAGGAGAGCAGGAGGCCUUGACCUAGCUCGUUUAGCCCAGCAAGACCGCUUCGCCUUUGUUGAUGGCCUGGUCAGCCUCUUCAUGCCCCCAGCCGCCGAUCAGAUAUCCCAACAAGCCCCUACCUCCACCCCCACAGCUCCAGUAUCCAGCACCCAGCUAUCCCGGCCUUCUCCGCUACCAGUCCGAUCCGGCCGGAGCAUCCCACCACGCUCGCCUGCCGUCUCAUCUCGCCAUCCAGCGCCAGCAGCGCCUAGCGAUCAAGCACAGCAUGUAUCCCCCUUGGCCGCACACCCCGCCAACCUCCCAGCCCAGCCGAAGGGCCUCUACCGCCUCACCUCCCCAGCCCUCGAACACCUCGAGCAAGUCCUCUCCCGCGCCAUUGCUGGAGUCGCCCAACUUCCCCCCGGGAAAGCCUCGCCCAGAAAAAUCCUCCUCAUCCUCGACGCUCCAGACCUCCACCUCGCAGCCGCGGACCCUUCCUCCGGCAUCACCGCCUCGUCCAUGGCCAUUAGCCUCUUGAAAUCGCGGCAGCGGGUCCACGCGACUGUCCUCGCUGUGGCGGCCGAUAGCCCGCUGGUUUCCGCCGCUACAUCCGCAUCCGCGUCCGCGUCAACCACAAGUUCGUUGUCGUCUACGCCCCUCGAAACCGCACACGCCUCCUUCUUGAUCAGCCAAGCGCAUCUCGCGGACGUGGUCAUGAGUCUGCGGCUGCUGGACACGGGGUUCGCGGCGGAUGUGAGCGGGGUGCUGCGGAUCACUUUGGGAGAUGCGCAGGAUGAUGGGGAGGAGGGGCAGGGGCUAGUGGAGAAGGAGGUGCUGUAUUCUGUAGGUGGGGACGGGGGCGUUAAGGUUUUUGAGAGGGGUGCGGGUGGGGGGAAUGAGUAG